AUGGCUCUUACAACUCAGAGCCGUAAACGUAAGGCUGCUACCCGCGAGGAGCCUACGAUCGUUCCGCGCGAGGAGCUUGCAAAUGGCGACCUCGAAGGCAUUCUGUCUGAAGGCGACGAGUCCGAUGACAGUGAAGAGGUGGAAUUUGACGGAGAAGACGAGGAUGAGGAGGACGAUGAGGACGAAGAAGAGGAGCUAGACAGCGACGAGAUCCCCUCCGAGGACGACGAGCAAGACAUUCGCGACCAACUACGCAACCUCAAAACGACAGACUCUGGAGCCGGCGCCGAUGAAGACGACGAAGACCUUAAGCCCAACUACAUCGUCACCACAGAUGCAAACGGCAAUGAGCGAUACGUAUACCGCGAGAUUGAUCCCGUGUACGACUCGGACGACUCGGAUGCUGGCGAUGCUAAAAACACAAUCGGAGACAUUCCCCUCUCCUUCUACGACUCAUACCCUCACAUCGGUUACGAUAUCAACGGCAAGAAGAUCAUGCGCCCCGCAAAGGGCGCAGCUCUGGAUGCUCUUCUGGACAGCAUUGAGCUCCCCGAGGGCUGGACUGGUCUGACCGACCCCCAGACUGGCAAGCCUCUGGAACUUAGCAGAGAUGAGUUGGAGGUUCUGAGAAAGUUGACGAGAAACGAAGCUCCUGGCGAGGGCUACGACCCUUACCCCGACAUGGUUGAAUGGUUCACAAGCAAGACUGAGAUCAUGCCUCUGAGUGCUGCUCCUGAGCCCAAGAGAAGAUUUAUUCCCAGUAAGCACGAAGCCAAGCGUGUCAUGAAGAUUGUCAGAGCCAUUAGAGAAGGAAGAAUCAAGCCAUGGAAAGAGCCUAGCGAGGAGGAACAAAAGGACGACGACGUGCAAACCUACGAUGUCUGGGCAGAUGAGACUCCUAGAGCCGACCACGCCAUGAACAUGCCCGCUCCCAAAUUGCCGCCCCCAGGAUAUGCCGAAUCUUACCAUCCCCCACCGGAGUAUCUCCCCGACGCUCAGGAGAGAAAGGCGUGGGAGCAGGCCGAUGAGGAAGACAGAGAUAGAGAAUACCUGCCCACCGAUCACUCGGCUCUCCGCAGGGUCCCUGGUUACGAAAAGUUCAUCAAGGAGAGAUUCGAGCGCUGUCUGGAUUUGUACCUGGCUCCUCGUGUUCGCAGAAGCAAGCUCAACAUCGACCCUGAGUCUCUUCUUCCCAAGCUUCCUUCUCCCGACGAUCUUAGGCCGUUCCCUACUGUGUGCGCCACUCUUUACAGGGGCCACGUAGGUCGUGUGCGCUGCGUUUCAGUCAGUCCUACUGGUACUCUGAUCGCCAGUGGUGGUGACGAUGGUACUGUCAGAGUCUGGGAACUGCUCUCUGGUCGCCAACUAUACAGCGUCAAGCUUUCGUCAGAAGAAGCAGUCAAUGCUGUCAAGUGGAGACCUACUCGCGACACUCUUAUCAUUGCUGCAGCUGCCGGCGAGACAGUCUACUUUAUCACUCCCUUGUCUCUAUGCUCGCCUGAAAUCGAGCAGGCCAGCAAGGAUGUCAUCGACGCUGGUUUCGGAUACGCUGCCAAACCCGCUACCACGAACGCCGGUGCUGAGAGGAAGAUUCCAUCAUCUGUAUGGUCAAGACCUGAGUCACAAAAGCUACAAGAUCAGGGUGUCCUUCUCACUUGCACUAUGCGUUCCAUAGUCAAGGUCAUCAACUGGCAUCGUCGCGGUGACUACCUCAGCACAGUUUCGCCUGCCGCCACCUCGACUGCUGUAGCCAUCCACACACUUACCAAGCACCUCACACAACACCCAUUCCGCCGCCUAAAGGGUAUCGCUCAGACUUGCUCAUUCCACCCCACCAAGCCAAUGUUCUUCGUCGCCACAAGACAAUCCAUCCGUCUUUACGACCUCCAACAGCAGAAGCUCGACAAGGAGUUGAAGCCAGGUGCUCGAUGGAUCAGUUCGAUCGAUGUGCAUCCUGGUGGAGACAACUUGUUGGUUGGUUCCUAUGACAGAAGACUGUUGUGGCACGAUAUGGAUCUUGCCGCCACACCUUACAAGACGUUGAGAUACCAUCAGAAGGCCAUUAGAAGUGUGCGCUACCACCCCAACUCUGGCCAGUACCCUCUGUUCGCAGAUGCCAGCGAUGAUGGUAGCUUGCAAGUCUUCCACGGCAAGGUUGUAGGUGACAGCUUGGAGAAUGCGCUGAUCGUACCCCUGAAGGUACUGAAGGGUCACAAGGUCACGGGAGAACUCGGAGUUCUGGAUGUGGAAUGGCAUCCUCGCGAGCCAUGGCUUGUUAGUGCAGGUGCCGAUGGAACGAUCAGGCUAUGGUGUUAG